UAUGUUUUGAUUCUCAAAUGACUACAAUCUUCUUUACAGUGAUCAAUUAAUUGAAAUAAAAUGAUUCACGAGCUCUUACUAGCAUUAAGUGGAUACCCCGGGACUAUUUUCACCUGGAACAAACGCACAGGUUUGCAGGUGUCCCAGGAUUUGCCAUUCCUUCAUCCCAGUGAGACCAGUGUCCUCAACCGCUUAUGUAAACUGGGCUCUGACUACAUACGAUUUACAGAGUUUAUAGAACAGCAUACUGGACAUGUGCACCAACAAGAACAUCACUCCAAUCAGCCCAGCCAGACUGGCCUUCAUGGCAUUUAUUUGCGGGCAUUCUGCACUGGAUUGGAUUCUGUGCUGCAGCCAUACAGACAAACCCUUCUGGACCUUGAACAAGAGUUCCUUGGAGAUCCACAUCUGACAAUAUCCCAUGUGAAUUAUAAGCUUGAUCAGUUCCAGUUGUUAUUUCCUUCAGUGAUGGUUGUAGUGGAGACAAUAAAAUCACAAAAGAUUCAUGGAUGUCAGAUUUUGGAGACAGUGUACAAACACAGUUGCGGUGGUCUUCCUCCUGUACGCAUGGCUUUAGAAAAGAUCCUGACAGUUUGUCACGGUGUCAUGUACAAGCAGCUUGCAGCUUGGAUGUUGCAUGGUUUGCUGUUGGACCAGAGUGAGGAGUUUUUUGUGAAGCAGGGGCCGAGUGCUGGAGGAACUGCUGCCAAUCAGGAGGAGGAGGACGACGACCUUUGCCUCGGAGGGCUGAGUGGGAAACAGCUUCGAGAACUUCAAGAUCUGAGGCUGAUAGAGGAGGAGAACAUGUUGGCUCCAUCGCUGCAGCAGUUCUCUUUACGAACAGAGAUGUUGCCGUCUUAUAUUCCCAUCCGAGUUGCUGAGAAGAUCCUCUUUGUGGGAGAAUCUGUUCAGAUGUUUGAAAACCACAACCACAGCCCAUCUAAAACUGGCUCUAUACUGAAACAUCAGGAAGACUUGUUUGCGGCCGAGUUGCACAAACUCAAACAGCAGCCUCUUUUCAGUCUUGUGGAUUUUGAAAAUCUCAUUGAUCGCAUUAGGAGCACAGUAGCAGAACACCUCUGGACUCUGAUGGUGGAGGAGUCUGAUCUGCUCGAACAGCUGAAGGUCAUUAAAGAUUUCUACUUGCUGGGUCGUGGGGAGCUUUAUCAGGCUUUUAUUGACCUUGCGCAGCACAUGCUGAAGAUGCCUCCGACAGCCGUCACAGAACAUGAUGUAAAUGUGGCCUUUCAGCAGGCAGCUCAUAAAGUGCUGCUGGACGACGACAACCUCCUGCCUCUGCUGCACCUCACUGUGGAUUAUCAAGGCAAAGACAGCAAAGAAGGGUCAGGGGCCAGGGAUGGUGCCACUCCCCCACAGGACACCUCCCCUCGUGAUGUCCCUCCCACUGGCUGGGCAGCUCUGGGCCUCAUCUACAAAGUGCAGUGGCCGUUGCACAUCCUCUUCACCCCUGCUGUCUUAGAGAAGUACAACGUUGUGUUCAGGUACCUGCUGAGUGUGCGGCGAGUGCAGUCACAGCUGCAGCACUGCUGGGCUCUGCAGAUGCAGAGGAAACACCUCAAGUCCAGCCAAACAGAUGCUGUCAAGUGGAGGCUGCGCAACCACAUGGCAUUCUUGAUUGACAACCUGCAGUACUACCUACAGGUCGAUGUCCUGGAGUCUCAGUUCUCUCAGCUCCUGCAGCAGAUCAACUCAACCCGGGACUUUGAGAGCAUCAGAUUGGCCCACGACCAUUUCCUCAGCAACCUUCUUGCUCAGUCUUUCAUUCUCCUAAAACCAGUGUUCCACUGUCUGAAUGAAAUCCUCGAGCUGUGUCUCAAUUUCUGCUCACUGGUCAGCCAGACUGUGGCUUCUCUGGAUGAGAGGGGAGCAGCUCAGCUUGACAUUCUGGUCAAGGGCUUCAGACGACAGUCCUCACUAUUGUUCAAAAUCCUUUCAAGUGUGAGGAAUCAUCAGAUUAACUCUGACCUGGCUCAGCUGCUACUUCGACUGGACUACAACAAGUACUAUACACAGGCAGGAGGAACCCUGGGCAGUGUUUGAAAAGUGAAACAAUUCUAUGGAGAAGAGUAUUGUAUAUUACAUUCAGUGCUACUGUCAUCAGAAUAUUGUAAAUCUGUUUGAAUUGAAUUAGCAUCAUGUCAUAAUUCAAUAACAGACAGCUAUCUGCUUUAGAACUUCUCUCACAGCCUGGCCAUAGGCUCAUUUUAGAUCAUGUGAUUGUUACAAAAUAUUAUAUUUUGUUGUAAUGUGGCAGAAAACUGAGUUGUUUACCCAGCAUCAUAUAAAUAUAUACAGUACACAAUCAUGUCUGUGUGAUAAUAUGUAAUAUCACUGAAGUUAGUGACCUUACCAUUACUUCUUGUAUAAACUGUAAAUAUGUAAAAUCCUGUUGCACGUAGAUGUUUCUGCAGAGAAAA